UCCAUCGCGCCGUGACGGCGAUGUUUUGGUGAAAAAAAAUACGGCGUCGAAAAGGGACGUAAACACGUUUUAAACAUGACAUUUCGACCGAGUGGGACCUAAAGCGGCGCUGCAGGCGGAACGAGGGCGUCUUCGGCGAAGGUUUCGGUCCAUCUUUAUGUAUUACUCCCGCAUGUCCGCUUUCUUCGUAGAUGGUCUCUGGUGAGCGUUGUCUGGCGGCGGAGUUCUCGACGAGUAACAUGAAGGAGAUGAUCGGAGGCUGCUGUGUGUGCUCCGACGAACGAGGCUGGGCUGAAAACCCGCUCGUGUACUGCGACGGACACGGCUGCAACGUCGCCGUGCAUCAAGCCUGCUAUGGCAUUGUGCAGGUGCCCACUGGACCUUGGUUUUGCAGAAAGUGUGAAUCUCAGGAGAGAGCAGCCCGAGUGAGAUGUGAGCUCUGUCCCCACAAAGAUGGAGCCCUCAAGAGGACAGACAACGGAGGCUGGGCCCAUGUGGUUUGUGCCCUUUACAUACCUGAGGUGGAGUUUGCUAAUGUCUCGACUAUGGAGCCUAUAGUACUCCAGUCUGUGCCACAUGAGCGCUACAACAAGACGUGUUAUAUCUGUGAGGACCAGGGCAGAGAGAGUAAAGCAGCCACUGGAGCCUGUAUGACCUGCAACAAACAUGGCUGCAGACAGGCAUUCCACGUCACAUGUGCCCAGUUUGCGGGGUUGUUAUGUGAGGAACAAGGAUCAGAUGCAGACAAUGUCAAAUACUGUGGAUAUUGCAAAUAUCAUCACAGCAAAUUGCGAAGGAGCAGGGGCCGUGGUAGUAGGUCUCAAAGCAUAAGUGACUCUUCCUCUCAGUGUAUGGAUAGACCCCCAGACCAGGACAAGAAGAAACACAAGGAGCGGGACAGACACAAACCAAGACACAAGAAAACCCCUAUGGACAUGUCACCCUCCCUUGUCCUUCCAAACAUCAUGGUCCCUGAAAAGACCUACAACAGUGGCAACUCCGGGGGAGGCGUCACGUCACUACCAGCAUCCUCGCAGAAGCGAUUGGACGACAGCAGCGGCCGAUUCACCAACGCCAACUUCCAGGAAGUGUCGUCUGCUCACUCUGGUGGCGGUUCCAAAGACGGCUUGGCGGCAGACACCGGGAAGGUGGCAUCUGAGGUGAAGAACAAGAAGAACAGUGGCGGAGGUCACGCAGUGGGACAGAGGGGCGGCCGUAAGUCUCUCACCUCCUCAGGGAAACCCCUCCCCUCCGCUGUGGUCACCAUGGCAACCUCGUCUACAUCUGCCUCCGCUUCCACUGGGCCUUUCCAUCAAGGCCUCCUGUUGACCAGUGCCAGUAAGACUGCUUCUGCUCCUUCCUCUUCAGACUUCCUAAGUUUCUCAGAUUCAUCGUUGCGUCCCGGAGGUGGAACUACCUUCUCCUCCCCACCGUCUUUCAGCAGCUGCCUUGUGAAGCCGAGCUCAGAGGGAGGAGCUUCAGAGGGAACUACAACCCUCUUUGGUUCUCUUAUGUCCGCUACCUCUGCUUCUGCAGUGGGUGGAAAGCUGUAUGAGAAUUCUCACAGCCACACAGCAAGUGAGACGACAAGCCUUGUUGGGUCCACCGGCUACAAACGUCCUCAGCCCUCCAGCGCAGGACUAGGCAUCGGUGCAGCAGCCGCAGGAGCCGGGGAAGAUGGGGUGAAGAAGAAAAAGAAGGGUAACUGGCGAAACAGAUUUGGACCUUGCUUUACCACAGAUGUGAAGCCUUCAGAGCCAGCUCCUUCCCUAACUCUGCCCACCUCCUCCACCGCCAACACCUCCUCCUCCACCGCUUCCCCUUCCUCCUCUUCAUCCACAGCACUCUCAGGCCGGCCAGGCUUAGUUUCCAGCAGUGGAUUAGGCGUCGGAGUGGGGGGAGGAGGGGAGAGGGGGCUGGGGGUCAUGGGCGUCAGCAGUGGCAUUCAGAAGUCCCCGUCACUCCUCAGGAAUGGGAGUUUGCAAAGCAGCAGCAGCUCCACAACCACUGGGUCAGGUGUUUUCUCUGUUGCCGAUGGGUCAUCAUCAGGGACAGGCGCUGUCGCCAUGGGCGGAGCCAGCUCUGAGUUGUCACAGCAACAACAACCCACACCUUCUCUAGCCCCGCCCUCUCCAUUCACAGCCACCGCGCCGCUAAACAGCACAGCCUCCACACACGUGAGCGGCCUACCAGGGUCAGUCUUCAACCUGGCUCCCCCCCACAUGUUCGGUAACCGGCUGAACCCCAACUCAACCAUGGCAGCACUCAUCGCUCAGUCUGAGGCCUCACCAGCAGAUCAGGAGGUGGGAGACAGCAGCGGCGGCGUCGGAGCUCAGGGCUUCUCCAUAAGAGCUUCUCCCAAGACCACCCCACGCUCUCCCAUUGGUGGCCUGCAGAUCCGCUAUGACUCUUCGGGGUCGUUGCCAGGGCCGGGGCUGGGGUUGCUAGGGGCGGGGGGAGGCGGCGCAGAGACGCUGCCCCCGGUGGCCACCAGCAUCGAGCAGCUCCUGGAGAGGCAGUGGAACGAAGGGCAGAGCUUCCUGCUGCAGCAGGGAGCGCAGGGGGACGUUGUGGGGAUGUUGAAGUCUCUCCACCAGCUGCAGGAGGAGAACCGGAGGCUGGAGGAGCAGAUUAAAACCUUGACCAUGAAAAAAGAACGACUGCAGCUUCUCAGCGCUCAGCUAUCAGUGCCUUUCACCCCCUCCACGACUUCCUCUGAUGUGAAGGGAGCCCAGCUGGGAGCCACUGAUUCAUCUUUACCUGUGGCAGCUCAGGACAGUGCAUCAUGUGGCGGUCACAGCAGUAGUGGCUCCACCUCCUCUCUCUCCACGCCUCCUUCCGUCUCCCAGAGCCCACCUCAGCCACAGAUCAAUGGCGUUGCCACCGUGGGGGCAACCCCGGCCGGGCUGGGUGGCGUGGCGGGGCUGAUGGGCGCUCUGGGUGCAGGGAGUGCGCUGGGCAUGGGGGGGAUUGUCGGGGCGCUGAACGGUGUGAUCCAGACGCCAGCAGGAACCGCCAGCCCUCACACUCACACUACAGGAGCCGCUACAGGUGUCACAUUGGCGGUCAAUAACAGCACUGUGCGACUCGGCCUGCUGUCUGAGCAGCACAGAUUCCUCCUGCAGCAGCAGCAGCAUCAGCUCCAGCAGCUGCUGUCCUCACAGCCCUCAGCGGAGCAGCAGCAGGUGUUGCUCUACCAACUGAUGCAGCAGCAGCAGGACCUCCAGCAGCUGCAGUCCCUCUCCUCCUCUGCCCAGAUUCCCCCCAUCCCGCUCUCCUCCGCUCAGCUGCCCAUCAACAACCUGCUGCCCGGCGCCCAGAGCCAGGGCCAAGGCGCCAUCACCGCCAACCCCUUCCUGGCGCUGCAGCACGCACACGCUGACACACACGGCUCAGGGGCGCAGAAGCCUCGGCUAGCUGAGAAAGCCGUGGGCGUCGCAGGGCAGGAGAAGACAUGACGGCAUAUGCUCUUUUGUUUUUGAUUUUUUUUUUUUUUUUCCCCUUUUUUAAAAUAAAUAUGCAGAGUUUUUUGGGAUCAGCCUGUUGGUCAACUUUGUAGUUCAGUGAUGAGAACAUUGGCAGGAGAGAAAUCUGUUCCUGGUGGAUUAUCCUUUCCAGCGGUGUGUGCUAAAACAUUAGCGCACAGUGCGGCAAGUUAUAGCCGAAGACAGAAAUAGGAAGUGUUUUUAGUUGUUUUUUUUUUUACAGUCACAAGCUCGCUGUUGUUGACCUACCCUGGUUUAUUUUACAACUUUUUCAAGUUGCAAUCUUGAAACCACAUUUUGUGUAAAUUUGUGCUAUUUAUUUCAGUCCAACUUUAGUUUUCUUACUUUAUGUCGGGCUCUUGUUUCGUCUUUUGUCUACUUCAUGAUUUUUAUUUAAUGUUACUUGUAGCAACUGAGUGUAUAUUAGUGUCAGUAUGUAGCACCAGAGGUCAUGUGAUGCGUUCGUUCUCCUCUCUUAACCCGUAAAUUGACCAACAGGUCCCAGAAACUUAUUCGUUAAUUAUGUUCCUUCGAUGUUUUCUUCUUUCUGCUUCUUGUACACAUUUCUUCUUCUUUUUUUCCCUCUUGUUUCUGUCCUGGUCUGGUCUCUCUGCUGUUUCACUCUCUCAGGGCCCUCAGCUAACCAGAGUUGUGCGCUCAGCACACACACAGAACUACAAACACAAGAAGAACAAUAGCAGCAAUACAUGAAUAUAAAAAAUACAAUUCCCUACCAAUAGGACUUACAGUAGCAGAUGUAUGUUUGACAUCUGUCUCGCUGCAGUCCCAAAGGGAAUAUUGGGUGAGACUUGUGAAAAUAUCCCGCAUGUUCUCGCUGCUGCCUCUCUCCCCGUGUCUCUUUCACUCCCGUUUGUGUUGAUCCAUUAAUGUCAGUGAGCCAAGCCUCGCACGGUCACCACAGAAGCCUUGCUUUUCGACUGUCUGUUCUCCGGGCCAGAUACAGGGGGCUCAGUCAGGGAAGGAAAAUGUAACAAAAGAGAAGAUAAAACGGCACGUUGAAUGUUCACAAGGAUGUAUUUAAUCCACAUGGCACAGACUCACAAAAAAAAGGAAUCAUGCAGUUGGUUGUCAGCAAAUGGAAGUCAUUACAUUUCAUCUUCCUGAUUGAGCCCCCUGCUGCACCUACCUCUCGAGCAGGAUCAGCCUAUCAGGACCUACAAGGCCGGCAGCAGCGGCCACUUAAAAACCCACAACAGUCAGGACUGGCCAAUCAGGGUCCAAACCCAAGUGCCUGAGGCCAAGGGGGGAAGGCGGGAUUUUGUUUUCCUUUUAGUCCCUGUCACUCAGCCCAAUUUUUCCACAACACUACUGGUAAUUAAGCUGCGUUGCUAAGGCAACAGAUUAAAAAAACACUCAGCCUGUCAGUCUGGAUGUGCCGUCUCUUUAAUAAAACUAGGAAAUUUUAUUCUGCUGCAUUCUCUAAUAUCAAAGCCAACUUUGGGUUGUGCUUUUUAUUUAUCUGGAGUUUUUGUGUAAUGGGCAUAAGAUGAUAUAUUUUAAAGGCCCGCUGGUUUUGCAAUUUAACAUCGUUUUGUACUACUGUGUAAAGUUUUUUUUUUUUUUUUGUCUUGAUUUUCUCUCCAUACAGUCUAAUCUUGCUGUAAAACCCUUUUAAUGACUUCUACUCUGUGUCAUGUGUUUAAAAGCUAGAAGCUACUUAAUAGUUGGCUGAUUGGGGAGGGGGUGUGGCUGUACAUAGCUGUUUGUAGGGGGGGACAAAGUGUGUCAGGGGGGCAUUCAGUGGCACAGUUUUUACCUCGUUAAGUGUACAUAGACCUUUCUCAUUGGCCGUUGGUGUACAUAAGUGAUUGUGAUUGGCCGUGCUGGUGUGAAGGAAAGCCAAUGAAGCCUCAGUUUGUGUGUGAAUCUUUAGUAACAGACAGUAAGGUUGACAGUGACUGGACACACAAAAGUAUUAAUUUAUUUUUAUAUGUGCAGGGACAUUGUGUUUCUUUUUUUAAGUUUUGCACCAUUUUCUCUAUGAAAAGUCAUUUUAUACUCUGGGCACCAUGUUUUCAUCUGUGCACACAUUUGUUUGGAUCAAUUUUGUACAAGUGGAAAAUGAUUGGGGGGUUAAAAAAAUAAUUUAAAAAAUCAAACAUUGUAUUCCAAAACACAGAAAUAAAGAAACACUCUGGAGAAAAUCA